AUGGAUUCCAACUUAAUUGACGCCAUCGACCCGGCAUUGGAUCGGAGAAGACCAAGCACUGCUCCUCCGUCCUGUGACGAAGACAUGCCCACUCUCGUUGAACGAUCAGAUUCUCACGAUCGAAGCCAAGAGAUAUCUGCCGUUACCUGGCCCACGAACGAAAUCCCGGUUGAGAUUUUCGAGAUCAUUAUUUCGCACCUUACCCGCCUCGAGGUAAGAUGUUUGCGACUUGUCUGUAAAGAAUUCGAGGCCAAGGUUUCUGCGCAGUACUUUCGAAAUGUCGUGGUGCCCUUCAAGUCGGAGCUUUACAGCAAAUUGGAUCGUGAUGAAAACGGCGCGUUUAAGCGCACGUCUUCUGCUCUUCUCUCAAAUGGAAUGCGCAUCUUCCAGUCUUUUGGGCCACACAUCCGGCGCUUUGCGCUGUCUUUGGAGCUUGACGAGGACACGCUCUCAUACCCCCCAGUGAAGCCUUCGCAAGAAGCUGUUCCUUCUUUCUGGGGCAUAUACCGCUGGCCCCAUGGCACCUACCACCGAUAUACUGAUCUUGAAGGUCUCGAACAAACGGCUGACGAAACUGAGGCCAUGAAGGAGGCGCUUAAGUGCUUGGUCAAAGUCACAAAUCUUGGACUCUGCUGCGAUGCUGGUCUUGGAUUUCUGUCGGGGCCUGAUCACAUCGCACGAGGUGCAACCACUCUCCAUCCCGUGUUUGCAACGCAAAACUGGCGUCACACAGGUUCUGAGUCACAAGCUCGGAAGCAACCCAUCAUCACCAUGUCCGACCUGAAUGAAAUGGUCAAGGAUUUUAGAAAGCCUGUGUUUGAGAACCCCAUUAGUUUCAAGCGAACAGUUCUGCAGAAGAUGGCCUCAGAUGCUGGGUACUCGGGUGCCCAGAUCAACGAAGCUGUGCUAAUGCUGUUGGAAACUGAGGGCACCAACAUCAACGCAAUUGAUUUUGAUGAGAGGGCAUCUAUUAUUAACGAGAUGGAAGCUAGACGAGUUAUGGCACAAAACACACAUCGCGCUGACUUCGAACCCGCCACCGCAGAGGUGGCCAAUCAUCCGCUGAUUCCCGCCAGUCUCACAAGAGCACAAAAAGAAAUGCUCCUUGAGCUCGAGUGGGCGCAUCGUGCCAUGAUCCAGUCCUAUGUCAUUGGCCUUAUCGACAAUGCCCGAGACAACUGCUUUAACAACCUUACUACCAUCACGAUUGCCAAGAUUCCCAGUAGCCAUGUGUAUAUUUUAUAUCGUCACGAGCUAUGGCAAAACCUAUCGUCUCUCAGCAAUGUUUCGCUAGGCGUUAUUGCCGACUGGCGACGCGUUUCCAAGUCUGCCCCGGGUUGUGUAGAAGAUGACACAGUUUCUCCUGUCGAGGCUGUUGGUAAGGUUUAUCAACUGCUUAACAAUUACAUUGGCGCUCAGCGUCACAUCGAAAGCCUUCACUUUGAAUGGAUCUGUGGUGGAGAGUUUGCUCCUGGAACAUAUCAACGGAACCACCACAUCCUCCCAGCACCGUUCUUUGAACAACCUCAACUCAUGACUCGCAUUGAUAGCCCCAAAACUCAUACGGACGAUCUCUUGGCAUUACCAUUCAUUAAACAUUUGUCACUCAAGAACUGCUGGGCCUCACCGCAUGUCCUUUUGCAAACAAUACGCAAUAUGGCUUUGUCUACACUCGAGAAGCUCGAUCUGGAAUCUGUAUCACUCUCUGGUCCACCGACUCUCACCCCACAGGCUCCGCUCCAGCAAGCUGGCGCAGCAAACAAUGCUCAUCUGCUGAACAUGAUCGGGAUACACCCUGCACCUCCUGGUGUGCCGGUACCUCCACCGACCAAUAUAGCGAAUGGGGUUGUUGCACCAUUCCCAUUCAACGCGACGGCUCAGCAGCUUGCAGGAGCAUUUGGAGUGGCAUUCAUGCCACCGCCACCCAAUAAUCAGGCUCCUCCGCCACCGCCUGCGCCUAUGGAUAUCUUACAGCAACCAGAUACACUAUCUUGGGCAGGCAUCAUAGAGCAUUUCUCUCCAAGCAUCAAGAUCAGAGAUAUUUUGAGUGCUAGAGACGAGCUGGCUUUGAAUAUCACGAGCCAACCAGUCUUGGAUCAGCCAGAUCCCUUAGGGCAGCACAUACCUGCACCGCACCGCCUACGCUCAGAUGAGAAGAAGUAUACUUUGAAGUGCCUCUCCUUCAAGUCCUGUGGGUAUGUCACAGUCGACUCACCGGCUUUAAAUACUAGGAGUAUCUUGCCGCAUGGCGCCCAAGGCCUUGGGGCCAACGGCAAUCCGCACAGCCAGGAUCUAUCGCCUUUGAUGCAGAAGUGCCGGGACAAGCUUCUCUGCCGAAUCGUACCUUGCUUAAGGAACCAGGAGCUAGUGCAACUUACGACUGCCUUCGGGAUGGACAUGGGAUGGGCCAAUAUAUACGAUGAGCGUACAAUCUACGACGCUAGAGCUGAUGGUGUUGAGCAGCCUGGAAAAGGUCGAUUCUCGGGUACAGUUGAUGCUGCCAGUUUUCCUGGGGCACGAGAUAGCGAGGCCAUGGUGAGCCUAGACUUCUAG